AUGGGUGGUCUACCGGGACCGUAUAUCAAGUGGUUUUUGAAGAAUUUGAAGCCAGAAGGACUUCAUAACAUGUUGGCCGGAUUCACCGACAAGACCGCCUACGCUCAAUGCAUUUUCGCAUAUACUGAGGGACUUGGGAAGCCGAUUCAUGUCUUUGCAGGAAAAUGCCCUGGCCAAAUCGUUGAGCCACGUGGUGACCGUGACUUCGGAUGGGAUCCAUGCUUCCAACCGGACGGAUUCAAGGAAACAUUCGGAGAAAUGUCGAAAGAGGUCAAAAAUGAAAUCUCGCAUCGAGCCAAGGCGUUGGAGUUGCUCAAAGAGCAUUUUGAGAAGAAUUGA